AUGAAAAAAUGGAUCUCAUACAAUCUCCACAGUCUUCAACUAUUGAAGGAUCAAACUCAAAGAAAUGCUGUUGUGAACAUAAUUUUUCAAUGUUCAGGGCCUUCUGGCAGGUUGAGCCAUGCUGCAGCUCAAGCGCUUGCUAGAGGUUCUGCUUGUUGGUGGCAAUCCAUUCACAUAGCAGGUGGCAGACAGAAAUCAAACCGCCAGGACAGGCAGGCAGGGUCAGCGGAGCUUGGAGUGUAUCAGUCUGCAGAAACUGUUAUUGCAAACAUCUUGGUCCAUCACAUAGGCACAAUUGCACAACAGGACUGA